UACAGGGUUCUGUUAUUGCUCUGUGCCGUUCCCUUCUUGACCCGAAGACCUGCAACAAGAGAGAGAAGCCGAGCGCGGAGUUUGAGAUGGCUCUUGGCAGCAGUCAGUAACAGACACUAAAAGUGGGAUCACACACACUCUUUAAGAGAAUAUAAAAAGACACUUUUCCUCCAAGUUUGUCUCUUCGAGGAUUAUUGGCUUUAAUUGAGGAUAUCUCAACAUCAGAAAUAUGAGGUCCAAAAGCAGCGGUGUGGAGAGCCCAGAGGACAGGGUGCUUGGGGCUCCACAGAACGACAGCGACAUCGGACAAGAACAGGAAGUUGGUCUAUCUGUGAAGAACCUGAAGGCCAAAAGCCAACAGAAGGACGGGAGAGAAAAACUGCUUUUGGAUUCCAUUGAGUCUACAGACAAAACAGGAAGCAUGGUGGAUCUGUCCAGAGAGGAUCUGCUGAAACUGCUUGGGAUCAUGGAGGGAGAAGUUCAGGCCAGGGAAGAUGUAAUCUUCAUGCUGAAGUCCCAACAGACUUCUCCAGAGCUGCUUGAGUCCCAGUAUGGCUGUGUAGUCCCUGGCUCUGCCCUGAACGCACUACAGAGGGAUGGUUUUAUCACCGGCAGCAAACAGCACAAGAGCAGCGUCUACCAGAAACCAGCGGCAGAGCUGGAACGUCUGCAGGAGAAGCAUAAGGAGACGUACCGGCGAAUGCUGAGUCAGCUGCUGCUCGCGGAGAAAUGCCAUCGCCGCACAGUCCACGAGCUGGACACAGAGAAACGCAAACAUGUGGACUACAUGAACAAAAGCGACGACUUCACCAACCUCCUGGAGCAGGAGAGAGAAAGACUGAAGAAGCUGCUUGAAAACGAGAAAGCCUACCAGAUAAGGAAGGAGAAGGAACACUCCAAACGCCUCACUAAAGUGCGGGAAGAACUGGUCAAGUUGAAGUCUUUCGCCUUGAUGCUGGUCAAUGAGCGGCAGCAGCACCUGGAACAAAUGGACCAACAGAGCCAGCGCGUCCAGGAGCUCAGCCAGCAGCUUCAACAGCGAGAGCAGACUCUGAACGAAGGGAAGGAGCGCGCACUGGAGGACAGCCACAGGGUUCAGAGCCUGGAGGCAGAACUUAAGGAGAAAUCUUUAAAGCUUAACCAACAACACGAAGAGAUGAGCGUCAUCAUUUCUGCAAAGGAGCUCGAGAACCGUCAAAUGAAUACCAAGCUUCUGGAGCUUAUGCACAAAGUGGAUGAGCUGCAGGAAAACUGCAGAGUUUUGAAGAAAUCCGAUGAUGAGUUGCAGGAACUGAGAGUAAAAAUCAGCAAAGGCGACUGUGGCAACUCGAGCUUGAUCAUUGAGCUGGAGAGCUUGCGUAAACGGGUGUUGGAGAUGGAGGGGAAUGACGAGGAGAUAACAAAGACAGAAAACCAAUGUAGGGAGUUGAGGAAAAGGCUAGAAGAAGAGGACUGUAAAGCAAAAAACCUCAGACUCGAAGUAGAAAAACUCCAGAAAAGAAUAAUUGAGCUGGAGAAACUUGAGGAUGCAGUCUGUGUCAGCAAAUCUGAGUGUGCACAGUUGCGGGAUGCUCUUGAAAAGGAGAAGGGCUUGACCAAAGAGCUGUCAGAGGAAGUUGUGGCUCUUAAGAUUCGUAUGAAAGAACUAGAAUCUAGUGAACUCAAGUUGGAAAAAUCUGAGCUGAGCCUCAAGGAUGACCUUGCUAAGCUUAAAUCAGUGACAGUAGCUUUAAUGGAUGAAAGAAAAGCCCUGAUGGAAAGAGUGAAGUCCGACGAAAAGAAAAAGGACGAUUUAAAUAAGAUGGUUAAACUUGAGCAGGGUAAGGUUAUGGAAGUUACUGAGAAGCUGAUUGAAGAAAGCAAAAAGUUCCUAAAAUUAAAAUCCGAAAUGGAAGCCACGGUAGAGUCUUUAAACGUUGACAAGGAAAAGCUCAGCACAAAGCUUGCUGAUGAAAAUGAUAAAACGAAGGAUCUUAAUUCGAAAGUCAUUGAUAUGAAAAAGAAGAUAGAAGGGUUGGAGCAAGCUGAGAAGUUUUCCUUGAGGAAUUCGGUUCUUUGUGAUCCGGCCAAACUGUGUGAAUCCAUUCGGAGAGAUGACAACAGAAUCAAAGAGAUGACUUUUGAAAUUGAGCACCUGAAAGAACGCCUCCAACAGCUGGAGGUGGUGGAGGGAGAUUUGAUCAAGACAGAGGAUCAGUACGAUAUGUUGGAGAAAAGGUUCACAACGGAACAAGACAAGGCCAAAAUUCUCUCCCAGCAGGUGGAGGAAAUGAAGAAUCAGAUCCUGCGCAAGAAAGCAAUUGAAAAGGGAGAAGAGGAGAGCAAAGAGGAAGACCUCCGACUACGGUGCAAAAGGGAGGAGGCCAAAACGAGGGAACUACAAGCCGAUGUGGUAGCUCUUAAAGAGAAAGUCCACGAACUGAUGCAUAAAGAAGACCAGCUUUCUCAGCUCCAGGUGGACUAUUCCCUUCUGCAGCAGAGAUUCCUCGAAGAAGAAGAGAAAGCCAAAAACAUGAGAACAGAAGUCUUUCAUCUAACCAAAGAACUCGAGAUGGUGAAGCGUCAAAGCAGAGCGUUACGCCCAAGCUUGAACGGAAGAAGAAUAGUGGAUGCAGCGGUGACAUCCACCUCCGUGCAGACGGAGGGAUCUGGAUUAGCAGAUGAGGAGACCCCAGCUGUGUUCAUUAGAAAGUCUGUUCAAGAGGAGAACCACUUUAUGAACAACAUCAGACAGAAAUGCUUGAAGAAGCCCAGCGAGAAAGCUUGUACCGUUGAGCGCCAUCCUUCGUCGAGCAGCGACUUGGGUAUCAAGAAAUCUUGGAUUCCUUGGAUGAGAAAAAAGGACCAUGCUACUCAAGAGACCAACCUGGAAAAGCAUCUGCACAUGAAUGGAGACCUUUUGCCUGCCGAACCGAUGCCUCAGAAACCAGGACAGCCUCUACACAUCCGGGUGACACCUGACAACCAAAACAACACGGCCACCCUUGAAAUCAACCGCACGACGACCGAGGAGGUUUUCUCUAGCCCAGCUCCCCUUAGCCCCAACCAUUCUCAACCUAAAUCCAGAAUCACAAUCAUUCCCACUUAUGCUGCUCCAACUCAUCGAAGAAAGUCUCCAGUCGGACACGUGACCCCAGAAAGGGCCAAGUCUCCAGUCACUAUCACAGCAAUAUCAAGAGCCAAGUCUCCUGAAAGUGGGCGGUCCUCUUCCACUGCUUUGGGAAAACCCUUUUCACCAGUUUCUCAGAUAACAGCCAACUCUUCUGCCAUCACUAAGACACCCUCUGAGCCCCAAGAAAUGACAAUGGGCCGGGCCAUAAUCAAGGUCACCCCAGAGAAGCAGAUGGUCCCAGUGCCUAUGCGGAAGAGUCCGAACAAUGUUGGCACCAUCACCACAACAGAAGAAAACAAGAUCCACAUACACGUCGGCAGCAGCGUCACCUCAAAGAUGGUGGUCAGAUCAAUGACUACGGCAUCGGACAGCAGAGAACUCAUGCUAUCAACUGGGACUGUUUUGCGUUCUCCUCGGCAAAUCACCACUAAUUCCACCAGGAGCAUGCAGAGUAAAGUAAUGAGCAGCAUUACAAUAUCUCCAGUUACAUCUCCCACAACAAAGCCUUCUCAAAAUGUGAUUGGGCAUGAUGCCCAGCCGCUUCGAGCGGGGCUGACCCGCAUCCCAAUGUCCAAGAACCUGAAGACAGGAAAAACGACUCUGGGAUCCUCGGGGCUUUCUGGUGGAGUGAAACCGGAGUCUCGGCCCGAAAGUCAUUCUGUGAGGAUGGAAGUAAAGAAAUCUGCUGUGAACGGCUGUGUUUUACAAACUGGAGGGAAAGUUUGAUGUUUCCAUUAGUUCUCAACACUACUUGCAAGGUGCUACACUGAAAACUUAAAAACAAUCCUUUCAUUUGUAUUUUCGUUUUGACAGCAUGGAUUAGGUGACUCAAAGUUUGACUCAUUUGGUUUCAUUCCCAGCCUUGCCAUGUGACAAAGAAUCACACAGAACGGUUCUGAAUUCUUUCAUUUGUGCCUGUCAGGAUGUGAUUUUAAUAAACCAUUGAUGCAUAUAGAGUGGAUAUUUUACAACCUAGAGAUAUUAUAAAUGAGUGAGUGUGGACCAUUUCAAUGAUGCAUUUCUGAUCUGCAAUCAAAAAAGCCAUCCUACUGUGGUUUUAAUUUGCAUUUUUUACUUAGUUGUGUCAAGUUUGUAUGUGUUUAAUUGAAGCUUUAAUUUUUAUAGGGAUUUAAAAUAAUGCUAUUGUGUGCUGCUACUAAUUAAUUCAUGCUUUGGGUUGUGUUAUAUAUAAAACUUUUCUAGUAUAUUUAAGAGAACACAUUGUUUUGCUUUUUGUUAAUGGUUUGUAAAGCAUUUGUACUGAAAAUUAUUCUAAAUAAAUGAUGGAGUCUAGAGCGA